CGCCUCAGUCUGCUUUACAACGUCACAAUGAGCGGAGCUGCGGCCGUUGUCAAUUUGAAGACAUUCAAGGAGCUCUUAAUUACGCGCCGUGGCGCUCUCUUAAUUAUCCAAUUCAAUCGCCCUCAGCUGCAGAAUGCACUGCGUCGUCGCACCAUCUACGAACUGUUGCGUGCCCUGGACUUGGCCAAUACCGAUUCGCAGAUCAGUGUCGUUGUGCUCACAGGCGACGAUGUCGCCUUCACAGCGGGCAAUGACUUGAGCGAUCUCUUAGCGAUGCAGCGCAAGAGCGGCGACGAAGCGUUGGAUGUGCAUUUCAAAGCGAGCAACUUUGUGAUGACCUCGCUGGUGAAGAAGAUGCUGCUCAACCGCAAGGUGCUCAUCUCUCUCGUCCGGGGCAAUUGCAUUGGCCUGGGCGUCAUCAUUGCAAUGCUCUGCGAUAUCGUCUAUGCCACGGAUUCGGCUCGCUUCUGGACACCAUUCUCGCAGCUGGGUCUGUGUGCGGAGGGCGGUGCCAGCUGGAUGUUGCCACAAAUUUUGGGACGCAGCAAAGCCUCUGAAAUGCUGCUCUUUGGCGAGCACCUCGACGCGCAGGCUGCACUGCAGCAUGGCAUGAUUGCCGGCCUGGUGUCGAAUGUUGAGGAGUUCUGGCAGCGUAUGGAACAACAUGCCAAGCUGCCGUCCGUCUCGUUGAUGGCCACGAAGCGGCUGCUUUUGCAGCCCUGGCGACAGCAGCUGCUGGAUACUCUGAACGUGGAGGGCGCCGAGCUAGAGAAGCUGCGAGCUGGGCCCACUUAUCGCUCGCAGAUCUUGGCCUUUGCCAGGCGCAAGAAGAUAAGCAGCAAACUGUAAGAUGUCAUUAGGUUCUAAGGUUCGUUCCGAUCCCAGAUGUGCAGGCAAUAAAUCUAUUGUAAGAUAACUAUAACUAAUUACUUUCACUUCCAUUUGGACACUUUUUUUAUAGCUUAACCACCUGUUGAUUCUUUGAUAUUAUGUUUACUAUGGUUAUAAAGCAAAUACUUUACUUAAACCCAAA